AUUCAACAAAAUGACUGACACAGGUUUUGAAUGCUACCUUUGUAUGAAAUUAGCUAUUAAAGCUUAAAUAUGCGAAAAGUGUGGUUCUAUGUACUGUAAGACAUGCCUCAAAGAAAUCUUUGGUAAAAAUUUUGAAUGUGUUUAAUGUUAAUCUAAAUCAUUCAGAUCUGUUAAAAAAUCAGCAUUAUCAGAAGCAUAUGAUGAAAUACUCACUAAGUCUCAAAUAGUAAAACCUAAAAAAGUUGCUAAACCUGUUCCUAAACUUCCUUAAAUAGAAAAUAAGACCUAAUAAAUAUACUUAAAAGAAAAAUGUAUUAAUUUUGAGGUUUGUUAACAAAAUAUCAAUUAAAUAUAUAAAAAUGAAUAAGUAUGUAGCCCAGAGUGUUUGUUUUUAUUAAAACUAUUUCCAUUAGUGGAAUAAUAAGAUUUUGCUUAAAUUAGAAAAGAAAUUAUUAAUUUAGAAUAAUCUAUUAAAAAUAAAUAACCAAUUCAAAUAUUUUAACAAAUAGCUUAACCCAUUUAAUAAGUUGAUGUUGGUGUUACAAAUUUUGUUUUUGAUAAAUGUGGACCAGGAAUAGUAAUUAAAUAUUCAACUAUAACUUUGGUAGAGGAAGAAUAUACAUUUAAAACUGUUACCAGUUCUAAAGGUUUUCAAAAUGGCAUUCAUUUUUGGAAAAUCAAUCCUUUACCUAUGACAAAAAACGAAAUGAAAAUUGGAAUAUCAACAUCUGAUAAAUAUGAUCUCAAAACUGCUUUUUCUGAUUACAAUUUUGGAUAUGCAUACUACACAGUAGGCUAAUUUAGAAAUGGAAGCAAUUCUAAUGUAUAAUAAAAAUAAAUAUAGGGAUUUGAAUAUGGCGUUAAAUUUAAAAACAGCGGUGAAGUAGGGAUAUUAUUAGAUAUGAAUAGAGGAUUAUUGGCAUUUUCAUACAAUGACAAUUUUUUAGGUAAAGCUAUUUGUUCAGAUCAAUUAAAAAAAGGUCCUAUUUAUCCUUGUGUAGCUUUAUUGCAUUAAGCUGGGUUUGAAUUUAAAUGCGGUAUACCUAUUCCUUAAAAUUUACUUGAAUAGUUUUUAAAAUGA